UCCCAUUAGUGCUUUCUAGCUUGCCUUUCGUGAGGCUGCAACCACACAGACGGCAGGAUGUCGAUUGUGAGCAUUGUUGCGAGGGAAAUCUUGGACUCUCGAGGAAACCCCACAGUUGAAGUGGACUUGAGAACUGAAAAAGGACUGUUUAGGGCUGCUGUGCCUAGUGGAGCAUCUACCGGUAUUUAUGAAGCUAUCGAACUCAGAGAUGGAGACAAAAAUCGCUACAAGGGCAAGGGUGUACUAAAAGCUGUCGGUCACAUCAAUGACACUCUCGGACCUGCCCUCAUUGCAUCUGGGAUUAGUGUAGAGGAGCAGGAAAAACUGGACAACAUGAUGAUCGAGAUGGAUGGCACAGAAAACAAAUCUCAGUUUGGUGCCAAUGCCAUUUUGGGGGUGUCCCUGGCCAUUUGCAAGGCGGGUGCGGCAGAAAAAGAAACCCCCCUGUAUCGUCACAUUGCCGAUCUGGCUGGAAACACAGAACUUGUGUUGCCCGUUCCUGCCUUUAAUGUAAUAAAUGGCGGAUCCCAUGCUGGUAAUAAGCUGGCCAUGCAGGAAUUUAUGGUGCUUCCUGUCGGGGCCGAGUCAUUUCGUGAUGCUCUUCGUGUUGGGGCUGAGCUCUAUCAGACACUUAAGGAAGUCAUCAAGGAAAAGUACGGUCAGGAUGCCACUAACGUUGGUGACGAAGGGGGUUUUACCCCGAACAUUCUGGAGAACAGUGAAGCUCUUGAACUAAUCAAAACUGCCAUAGAAAAGGCAGGUUUCACAGAUAAAGUUGUUAUUGGGAUGGAUGUAGCUGCCUCAGAGUUCUACAGAGAUGGAAAGUAUGACCUGGAUUUCAAAUCGCCCCCAGACCCUGAAAGACUCAUCAGUGGUGAAGAGCUUCUGGAGAUCUAUCGGGGUUUUGUUAAUGACUAUCCAGUGGUGUCUAUUGAGGAUCCUUUCGAUCAAGAUGAUUGGGCAGCCUGGACUCGGAUGACCGGUACAGUGGGGAUCCAGAUUGUUGGUGAUGAUCUAACAGUGACAAACCCAAAAAGAAUCGAGAAGGCAGCAGAGGAACGUGCCUGCAACUGUCUGCUCUUGAAGGUCAACCAAAUUGGCACUGUUACAGAGGCCAUCCAAGCGUGUAAGCUGGCCCAGGCCAAUGGCUGGGGUGUGAUGGUCAGCCAUCGCUCUGGAGAGACAGAAGACACAUUCAUCGCAGACCUAGUAGUGGGGCUCUGCACUGGACAGAUAAAGACUGGAGCUCCUUGUAGAUCCGAGCGUUUGGCCAAAUAUAACCAGCUAAUGAGGAUCGAGGAAGAGUUGGGUGAUCAGGCCAGAUUCGCGGGCCAUAACUUUAGAAACCCGAGCGCUCUGUGAGACAUCCAACAGUUGCAAAAAUCCACACAACUACCAAUCGACGAUAUGCACCGACUCAAAAAGAUAUCACAGACUAACCAAUAAAUGAAAAAGUUGAUGCACGGUUACGGCCCUACCAUAGACUAUUUGCACUGACGGACAGAAAAUACUAGACAGAUAGGACAGCUUAUGCUAGACAGAGUAAUAUGCACUCAACUGGACUUAAGUAAAAAUAACAGACAUAUUAUACAUGGUUGAGUCAAAACAGACAUGAUUGGAAUAGAUUAUAUUUAAAGCGAUAUGCAAAGUAUGCGAAACAGACAUAUAGACAAAAUUAGAGCAGAAAAUAAUUUGUAAAACCACCUAUUAGUAAUAUGGUUGAAACUGAAGCUGACUGACUCAAGAAUCGACUGACAGCAAAAACUGAACAUUCUGUGCUGAGAUAAAAAUGAGAGACAUUGUAAAUGCAUGUAGAAAAUGAGAGUAUAAAGUGAGAAAAGUUCAGAAGCAAAAUACAAAUGUAAGGACUCUCAAGCAUGCUUAUACACACACGCACACACAUGCACACGCACACACAUUUACUUUGUGUGGAUGUCUUGCACCUUUUCACGUCCCUAUUUCAUCUUGAGCCUGUUACUUUUUCUUCCACCUAUCUACAUAUCCUAAAUCCUCUCCUUUCUUCUCAUGUCCGUCGCCGCCUUCUGUCUGUGUGAUCUAAAAAAGAAAGAAAGAAAAAAACACAAAUUAUACGCUUGCCAUAAAACAAUGUCACUAAUUAAAGAGUAAUUUACUUUCA